CAUCGGCCCUCGCGCACCGCGUCGACAGCGGUCCGUCGCGCCUACGCUGUGAAGAAGCCAGUGUACAGACAGUGCAGUGCAGUGCCCUUUGGAUUUACGCAAGUGUGUCACAGACCUCGUCACGGCCCUCGUCACCACCCUCGUCACAGCCACGCUCCGUCACCAUGAAGCAGUUCCUGGACGUGGUCAACGCAGUCACCCUCAACCAGCUGCACGUCGGCAGCGACAAAAUGAGGAGCAGCAGCGUGUCCCCCAGCCCGUGCCACGCGGCGCCGCCCAGCGUGCACCGCGCGCGCUCCAUGCGCACGCCCGUGCGCAGCCCCUCGGACUGCUCCAUGACGUCCGCCAGCGCGCACGCCCGCGCACGCCCUCGCCGCGCAAGGCCCCGCCCGCGGUCGCAUAGCCGCGGCAGCCGCGCCGGCCUGGCCGGCUACUACAUGUUCCCGUCGUCGUCCUCGGACGACGAGGACGACGCCCGCGCCGGCGACGUCUACCUGCUGAGGAACUUCGCCAUCACCGGCAAGGGCGUGGUGAACCGCGGCGACUCCGUCAAGAGCCGCCGCUCCAGCGCCGACAGCAACGACUGCCCCAGCCCGGCUGAGCGGUCGCGCAGCCCCACCAAGAUCAUCGACACCCGCGUCCCGCUGGCGGACCCCCACCGCUACCACGUGGUCAUCCUGGGCGCCCAGGGCGUGGGCAAAUCGUCCCUCGUCCAGCAGUUCAGCACCUCUGACUUCCUCCACGCCUACUGCGCCUCGCCUGAUGAAGACGCCCUGGAGCGGUCCGUCAACGUCCUCCUGGACGGCGAGGAGUCCGAGCUGUCGUUCCUCGAGCAGCACGACGCUGACGUCACUAGCGACUACGAGUCCGAGCCGCACGCCUUCUGCGUGGUGUUCGCGGCCACGGACCGCGGCAGCUUCCGCCUGGCGCUGCAGGCCCUGGAGCGGCUCUGGCAGUCGGAGACGGUGGGCACCAAGGCCGUGAUCCUGGUGGCCAACAAGACGGACCUGGUGCGCGGCCGCACCGUGUCCACCGAGGAGGCCAAGGCAGCCGCCACGCAGUACGACUGCAAGUACAUCGAGACCUCCGUGGCCAUCAACCACAACGUGGAUGAGCUGCUGGUGGGGCUGCUCACCCAGAUCCGGCUCAAGCUCAAGGACCCCGAGAAGUCGCGCAGCAUCUUCAGGAAGCGGAGCUUCUCGCGGCGGAAGUCGCUGGGCAAGCUGGCGCUCGGCGACGCCGCCAACCUGGAGCCCACCGACGUCAUGUCCAGGGCCAGCACGCGCGGACCCGAGCAGGCCGUGCCCAGGAAGUUGUACCGCGGCUCCAAGACGUCCGCCUCCUUCAGGAUGAAGAGCCUCCUGGACAAGGUGCUGGCGCGCGACUCCAAGGCCAAGAGCUGCGAGAAGCUGCACGUCCUGUGAUAACUCGCAUCUCGCGCUCCGCGACUUGGACUUGACUUUGGAGUUCGUUCCAUCACCCCGCGCGUGGUGGUGGUGGCAGCUCGCGAGGCGCGCCCCGGCCCAACGGCCCAUCGUCCUGACUGAAACGCUUCUGGAAAUAUGUAUUCGCCAAGUGAUUUUUUUUGUUAAAUAUUACCCUGACUGUGAUCUGCCUCUGCGCCCGGUCCCCGCGGGCUGCGGAGGCUUAAUUCUAGCGGAAAACACUUAUCUAGCUCAGCUGACUGAUUUGUGUGGACCAACAGUGUGUGCGUGCAUGCGAGAGAAGUGUGUGAGAGUGCGUGUGUGUGUGUGCGCGCGCGCGCGUGCGUGUGUGAACAACGGCCUUAAUGUGGACCAAAGUCACACGGGGACGACUGAUAUUUGUUAUACUUGAGGGUAUUAGCGAACGUAAUCCAUGUUUAAAUGGUUUGUGUUGCCCACCUGUGUUUUCCCUGGUCAACAUUGUAAGGGCACCUUGGUGUCCAAGUUGUCGUUUUGUAUUGAGUCAUUUAUUAUGGUUUAAAGUUUUGAGAUUCGUAUACGAUUUAGCUCAACACUUUGUUUUGUUUCGAUAUUUUGAAGUCCUGUACUCGAGUGUCUCUGUAAUUUUAUGUGCAUUUUCUUAAAAAGAAACAAACAAUAAAUUGUUAUAACAAGCA